UAUUACUAUUAAUUACUGUUGAUUGAAUUAUGAUUAGGGCGAACAGAAAAUAGGGCAAACCAGAAUCAGGGCGGACGGACCUGGAUUCGUUACAACCAUAACACUGUUAAAUUUUUCGGUCUUUUAAUUGUAAGAGAUACAACAUUAAGGAGAAGCUUGCAAGAAUUUGGCAAUGGACAAACAUUUGUAUGUGUCCCUACGUCCUGAUAUAGCCAAUAUCUGAACAGAAAAUAAUGUUUGAAAAAUUGAGAAUGGAAAUGGGGAAUGUGUCAAAGAGACAACAAUUCAGCCAUAGAACAAUCAACAGCCAAAGGUCACCAAUAGAUCUUCAAUGCAUCGAGAAACUCCAGCAUUUGUUUACCUUGUUGAACUGUAUCCAUUAAAAAAAAUACCAAGUUAACAACUAAAUCUGUGACAAUCACAGUGGUGACAAUACUGGUUGUAUUACAAUGUAAUCAUGUUGUUACAAAAUUGCUUAAAGCUCCAAAUAUAUCAGAGUAUUAUUAUGCUUGUACAUGUACCUAUCAGAGACAUGUAUUCUUAAUAUUUAUAUGUCUCGGUACAUAUUCACAUUAACUUGCAAAAGGUCAAUUUCUACCAGACACAUCUGAUAUGUUUAAAUACACCUUCAGUGUUACUGUAAGCCUGAAUUAAUGUUACUCAUUUACACCAUGGUAUUAUUAAUUUAUUAUAAAUUCAGGUUAAUUGUUUUCAAUUAACUUAAUAGCAGGAUGUGUUCCACAGAUAUUAUAUGGUUGAAUCUUUGAAACACAUGAUAUAUAAUUAAAAGCAUGAAUUGAUAAAUAUAGGAUAUCCAAUUUCAUUUGACAAUAUCUUGGUUUAAACCUAUAUAUAUGUUAUUUUUAAUCAAGAAAUAUUUGUUAUAUUAAAGCAAAUACUUUUUUAUUAACUAUAUGGAAGUAACAGCUCUUUUUUUCUCUCAUCUAAAUAGAGUCAAUUCAAUUAGUUCUGUUGUACGAACUUUAACAGAGGUGAAGCACAAAUGGCAGGAUCUUCAGCUGAAAUCAAAGAAGAAGGAGUCAGAAAGAAAUAGGCUCCAGAAUCUGACAGGUGGUGGACCAGCACCACCUGCUUUAACACCACUGGAGUUAAAGAUAAUUUCUAUCAUUCCCAAAGUUGCAUGCUAUGGAAUUACUGGUGGUAUUGACACUGACAGUGAGUCCUCAGUACAGAUUCCAGACAUGACCAACAUCCCAACAUUACAGUUACCUGUUUCUCAGAAUGAACAAACAGAUCCAAUUGGAAGUGCUGAUGACAAUGUUAAUAUUUUGAUAGACUUGUCGACUGGAAAGGAAAUCAGAAUUAACGAAAAUGAAGAGACACUUUGUGGUAUUGAGAGCAGACUCAAGGAACAAACAUCACCACCAUCAAAGAAUAGGACUGGAAAGACAGUGGAAAGUGAUUCUACCAGUAAAUUGUUGAUAAUAGAACAGGAAAAGUUACAGUUGAAAAAAAGAAAAAUAGAGUUGAUGGAGGAAAGAAAUGAUUUGGAAAGAAAGAAACUGAAAUUUUUUGAACUUAUAGCAGAAAAGUUAUCUGUAGUUAAUGAGCAAUAGGUCAAAUUUAUCCCUACUCUGUGUACAAGCAAAUUGAUUAUUCAUUAUUGUAUCAUGAAUAAGUUUUAUUUUUAAGUAUUUUUCCAGGAUAAUUGUUCAUACUCAAAAACAGAUAAGUAAUAAAAGGUCCAUCUAUUCACAAGCAUUUUAUUACCGUUUAUUAAUUCUAUUGAAGACUAAUGAGAUAAUGUCACUCUAUAUAUAUCCUUAAACUAGCAUUUAAAAUUAAAUGAUGGUUGAACACUAUGUGUAACUGACAUGUUCAGUUGAACCUUUGUCUCACAAGGGAGGCACGUGUGUUAAAACCAUCAGGGAAAACAUUGAAAACCUCUGGUUGCUCAUGGUCAUUCUCGUGAUUGUCAUCUUCCAGUAGUUCAUCCAGCUGUGGAAUAGACUUGUCUAUGCAAAUGUUGUGAAGUAUGAAGCAUGCUACAACAAUGUUGGUAAACUUUUUUGGGAUGAAGUGUAGGCAUCCUGUGGUUUUGUGUAAGCACCUGGAAUAAUGAAUUAAAUCAUUUACUUAAAAUUGUAAAGCAUAUUUUGUAAAGAAAAUAUGAUGGUCUCUUUCAAUUUACAUGUAUAACAGGUUAGUCACAACAGUUUAGGUUUUACGCACAUUUUCUGUUUGUGUAAUAAAACUUACAUUUUUUUAUGCAACACAACUCUUUACAUCUGAUGUUUUGCCUAAUAUAUAGCAAAUUUGUAAGUCAUUUUAAAUACUUUGAAUUCAUUCUGUAUAAUACAUGUUUUUAUAAUUGAUUAAUGUACUUGACAAUAAAAAUAAAAGAACUGUAUUGAUGCAAUAUUUGUGACAGUUUUAUUCCUUUGCUUUCCUCUAUGUUUUUACUGUGCAAAUACUGAUUAAGUGUGAUGUUAAGAUACCCUAUAUAUCCUUAAGUUUCUUGUUUGAGAAAACUGUAAAUUUAGAAAUAAGUGUAUGCAUUUAUAAUUGUGAUCUAAUUUUGGACUAAAAUUAUGAUCUGAUUUUGAACUUAAAUUAGAUCACAAUUUGCAGUAUUGAGACAAUUUCUGUUUAGUUCAUAUAAGAAAUUUAAAAAUGUAAUAAAAUCAUUGCAAUAAUUUCUCAAAUUACAGUUGUACCAGUAUAGUUCGUCAAUUAUUGACUCUUUUAAGUAUAAUCCAAAUAAGUUCCAAAACUGGUGUUUUUACGUGGGAGGUAUAUUGUAACAUCCGUUAAUAUGUAUAUCACUGAGUCUGCGCUA